AUGUCCCCAUCAAUCGCGUUGCUGCUUCUCCUAAUGCUGGGCGGCGGCGGCGCCGCCAUCGCAUUUGCAUUCCCCUUCCCCCCGCCGCCGGCGAUCCCCUCCAACAGCACGUUAGAAUACAUCGACCCCACCCUCCCCCCUCUCCAUCCCACCCACAAUCCCAAAUGCUCCAUUACCAUUCUCCAACACGACUUCGCCGACACAGCUGGCGCUCCGCCGGUCUCCGUUCCAUACUACCCGCCGGCGGACUGCCCCGCUCCCUGGUCCCGCGUCGUCCUCGAGCUCUCAGGCUCGGCUUCGGAUAUCCAAAAGGAUCGAAUCGCGGCAAUCUGGCUCUCCGGAGCCGAGCUGCUCCGCACCUCCACUCCCUUCCCCCUUUCCCCCGGCGUCUUCUGGCGCGUCCAAAAGGACAUUACCCGGUACACCUCCCUCCUUCGUAGCCCCAGUCCGGACGACAACUCCACCGACGCCGAAGCCGCAGCCGCCGCCACCGCCACGAUAUCCAUGAUGCUGGAGAACUCCAACGCGUCCCUCCCCGGCGUCUACUCCGUCAACAUCUCCCUGCACUUCUACCGCGGCGCAGUCGCCCAAUUAAACUCUCAUCCGAUAAUCAAAGGGUUGUAUCGCGAGCCCGCCGACCUCAUCCUUCCCAUCUCCAACGAAGUUGGAGAAUGUGGACCAGGGUACUGGUUCAAACUCCAUAACGAGUCCGACGUCCAGUUAACAUCGAUUUCCAUUCCCAACAACACGUACCGCGCCGUUCUCGAGCUCUACGUCUCCCACCACGCCGACGACGAGUAUUGGUACGCUAAUCCCCUCCGCUCCACUGAAGAAACCAAGCUCAUGUCUUUAUCUUCUCCCUUCCGCCCGAAAGCCAAUGGCGGAUUUAGACAAGUAGAGCUGACCAUCGACAAGCUCUACGCCGGCGCGGUAGUUCCAUUCCCAGUCAUCUAUCCCGGCUCCAUCAAUCCGUUCUUCUGGGCCCCAGUCGCCGGAAUCGCCGCCUAUGACCUCCCUUCAUACGACCUCGACCUAACUCCCUUCGUCGGCCUCCUUGUCGACGGCCGGGAACAUGAAUUCCGUUUAAUCAUCCGCGACAGCCAGCCGUUUUGGCUCGUCUCCGGCAACCUUCAUCUCUGGCUUGACGCGUGGUCUGACAGAGUGGAAGGCGCGUUAGUGCGGCACAGAGUACCUCCCCUGCGACUCAGCCGGCAAGCCGAUUGGCGAGGGAGCGACGGCAAGUCUUCCAUCGACGGGCAAGUCAUCGUACGAUUCGCUGGUUGGGUUAGUUCCUCAAAGGGGAAUGUAUCGACGAGCAUAAGACAGAGGUUAAAGUUUAAAAGUAGGGUAGAAAUACAGAGGAAAGGGGUAGUGAAGCAGGCGGUAAUGGAGGUAAAGUCGAGGACGGACGUGAGGGCGAGCUUGAACAGGGGUGUGGUGGGGAGAGCGAGCGUGAGCGUUGAGGCACCGUUGAUGGUGACGACUGAGAAAGCGAAUGGAGGCGGAGGGACAGUGUUGGAGAGGACGAAGAUUUUCCAUGCAAUGACAGAGGCGAGGAGUGUGGGUGGGAAGGGGGAGAUGGAGUUUAGUGAGGUGGCGGAUAAGCAGGAUUCAGAAGGAUCAGUGUUGGUUGGAGAGGAAGGAAUGGUGUGGGGGAGUGGAGAUACGAGCUCUCUGUACAAAUUUAGGGAUGAGAAAGCGUGUUAUUUGAGGACGGUGAAGGUUGUGGGAGGGAGAAUGAAGGAGGAUGUGGAGACAGCGUCCUGCGCCGGCGCCGCCGUGGCUGAGUUGUAG